UAAUCGGCAAAAAAUAAAUAAAAAUUGAGGUGUGUUCUAGCAGCUUAGGGAGAGGGUUAGGCGGUAGCUGCUUGUUCUCGCGCCGUAUUGAUUGAUACCAGAAAUUAAAAGGACAGAGUCCGUCUCUCUUCCGAAUUUGUGGAAUCAAAUCAGUGAAGAAGAACAACAGCAACCUGUUCCAUAAGAGAUUAUUCGAAUAGGGAGAAAAAAACGAUGGCAUCCAUUUACCUCUCGAUAUGUUCAACUUCGAAACCCCUAGCGGCGCCACCUAAAUCUGCAGGAAGAGCAACAGCUUCAGCGUUGUCGUCUUCAUCUUGUUUUAAAAGCCAAUUUUGCGGAUGCUUUGUGGCUGGACGAUUGGUUUGUUCCGGGAGCAGGAAACAGAAGAAGCAGAUGCAGGUUGUUUCUAUGGCACCUGAUGAAGAGAAAUUGACUCGCCGAAGUCCUCUCGAUUUCCCUAUCGAGUGGGAAAGGCCGAAGCCGGGGAGUAGGCCUGAUAUAUUCCCGCAGUUUAGCCCUAUGAAGACACCGAUACCACCCCCAUUGCCCUAUGAUCCUCCUGAAGAAGAUGAGGAAGAAGAAGAAGAGAAAAAGAAAGAGGAGGAGGAGGAAGAUCCUGAAAAGGAAGAAGAACCAGAUAAGCCCGAGAAGCAGUAGUAUUGAUAGCAGUGUGGUAGCUUUGAAUUUCUUUUGAAUUGUCUAUCAAUUCGCCAAGUUUUUGAGAGCCAAGUCUAGCUUUUCAUUGGCAAUAGGAAGUGGAUGAAAUGUAGUAAUCAUCCAAGGUAGGGUGAUGUUAUGGCUGGUAUUUACCAGUAUGAGCUGCAAAGAUCUUGCUAUGGGACAUAAUACAUGGCAAAAUGCGAUAAAUAGAUGUUAAUUCAUUGCUGUGUUGAAGUUUUAAAUA